UAGAGGUGUCUGGGUGGAGGAGAGGGAGGGAGGUGGUAUAAAAGUAUCUGGACAGCUUCAUCUGACACAGUGCACAACACGCUGCUCCGCGCUUAUAUCAUGUGCGCGCGCUCCGAGCCCUGCAGCCUCGUGCUGCUAAUGUGCGUCCUGCUGCGGAGCGCAGCGUCCCUCAACAACCACAACACGGAGCUGCGCGCGCAGAACGCAGACAGCGCGCACACCACCGCACACAGCAGCCGCAGCACUGAGCCGGAACCUGCCGCAGCCGCAGCCGGGGCCGCUGCGCUAAACCGCGCGCGCAGCGCAGGCAGGGGACUGGAGAACACCGGAGCGCACAGGAGUGAUGAUCGAGCCCCACUGGGCUGCAGAGAGUUGCGCUCCACUAAGUACAUCUCUGACGGCCAGUGCACCAGCAUCAAUCCCAUUAAAGAGCUAGUGUGUGCUGGAGAGUGCCUCCCAGCCCAGAUGCUACCCAACUGGAUAGGUGGACACGGCAGGAAGUCCUGGAACCGGAGGAGCAGCUCCAACCAAGACUGGCGCUGCGUCAACGACAAGAGCCGGACCCAGCGCAUCCAGCUGCAGUGUCUGGAUGGCAGCACCAGAACCUACAAGAUUACAGUGGUCACUGGCUGCAAGUGCAAGCGAUACUUGAGGCAGCAUAACGAAUCUGGGAACAAAUCAGAGGGCAUCUCUCAGCAGUCGCAGCAGAUCCACAAACCUAAGAGUAAACGGAAGCACGGGAAAACUAAAGUAAACGGAAACUGGCCUGAGCUGGAGCCCUGAAAUUAAGAAUGUGGAUUACCUCUGAAAGAAGGACUGCACAAUGGACAGUUGAUGAAGAGCAACAGAGAGGAAGUCACAGUGUCUUUAAGGAUGAAGAGGAUGAAUGACAAUCUAUGGCUAUUACACCUGAAGUGACUGAAACUUCAGACCUAGCCUGGCCUCCAGCAAAAUGCCACACCAUUACUACUCAUGAUUUCUAAGACAAAACCACAAUGACUACAUGCCAGUCUUUGGUAUUUGAAUAUGUCUAAAAUAUACUCUGAUACUGACUGUCUCUCUGUGAGAAAUCAUAUCACUGGCUGUAGUAUUAUGAAUGCCAGAUAGUUAAAGUUAAAUGUCUCAAGUUUGAGAAAAAUGAGAUAUAGCUAUGUGUAAAUACAGUCUGUGUAAAUAAACAGUAUAUAAAUUUGCAACUUGUAAUUACCUGCGCUGCAAAAAAAAUGCUAUUUGCUAUGAUAUUUCAAAUGUGCUAUUAUCAGGUAUAUUAUAUUGAUGUAAUAUAUUUUCUAUUUUUUAAGAUUGUUUUACCUGUUUUAUUUACUCGUACAUAUACAUGUUUUAAUUUCAUACAGGCAUUAUUGAUACAUGGUAUUGCACUAUCCAACGAGACAACAAUGUUCAUAUCCACUGUUUUAGUGUUAAAGUAUUAAAUCG